ACAUCCCAUUGCGCCGGGCCCUCCGGGGGCGGGGCUGGGUCUGUGACAGCUCGCCACUGGCCGUCUUCUUCCCUGCCGCUGUGCGGGCCGGGGCCGGCGAAUGCGAGCGCUCGGAGCUAGCUAGCGCGCGCGGCUGCUCCCGCUCCCGGGGCUGGGGCUUGCCUUUGCAAAGGGACGCCGCCGCCGCCACGCUCUUCCUUAAAGGCACAGGCGGGGGCGAGGCGAGGCGGAGCGGCAGCCUGCUGUGUGCUAUGUUGGGGAUCAGCAGGGAGCUCUGAGCGCGUGAGCGGCGGCGAUGGCUUCCAAGCUCCUGCGGGCCGUCGUGCUGGGCCCCCCCGGCUCUGGCAAAGGGACCGUGUGCCAGAGAAUUGCCGAGAGCUUCGGGCUCCAGCACCUUUCCAGCGGGCACUUCUUGCGGGAGAACAUCAGGGCAAAGAGCGAAGUUGGUGUCUUGGCAAAGCAGUAUUUAGAGCAAGGCCUUUUGGUACCGGAUCACGUCAUCACUAGUGUCAUGAUGAUGGAGCUGGAGAAAAAGCAGUCUCAGCAUUGGCUACUUGACGGUUUUCCUAGGACACUGGUGCAAGCUGAAGCACUUGACAGAAUCUGUGACCUGGAUCUAGUGAUCAAUUUAAACAUCCCAUUUGAGACGCUAAAAGAUCGUCUAAGCGCUCGCUGGAUUCACCCAGCUAGUGGAAGAGUGUAUAAUAUGGAGUUCAACCCACCUGAUGUACAUGGGAUCGAUGACAUCACGGGUGAACCAUUAAUUCAACGGGAAGAUGAUAAACCUGAUGCUGUUGCUGCUCGACUAAGAAAAUACAAAGAAGCUGCAAAGCCAGUAAUAGAAUUAUAUAAGAGCAGAGGUGUCCUACACUCAUUUUCUGGGACAGAGACCAACAAAAUCUGGCCUUAUGUUUACACUCUGGUUUCCAGCAAGAUCCGGCCUGUCCAUUCCAAAGAAGCUAAUUAACCAUCUUGUGUAAAGGAUCAAGAAUUUAAUAUGGUUGUUCAUUUUGUUUCUCUGUGCCGUAUUGGUGCUGUGCCCAGUUAGAGGAUAGUACAAUGUCUAGAACAACUUCUUGGCUUUACUGGAGUUUACAGUUCUGGAAAUGCAGUUACAGCCAGCGUCAGGGUGGAAAAGAACCCUUUCUGUAAAAGGUGAAGUCUGCUGGAAUAAAUUCUAGUUUUCAUGCUACAAAGUAUUGCUGAUGUGAUCCGGGAACCCUAAUCAAUGAUUCAGACUUAGACAGACUUAGAGUAUAUCUAACCUAUCAUGGUUCCCUCCCUGAAUCCAUGUACAUAUGCAAUGUGCUGCUCCAUUGCUCCACAACACCCUUUUCCUUGAGCUAACUCUACAUGGCAACUUCUUUAUUUUCUCUGAGAAAUAAAAACCCUAAAGGCAGACUUUGACCCCAUGGGGAAUCAGUGAGUAACAUGGAAAAUAUUUACAUUGCAAAGCUCAAAUGUGAAGACAACAUUUCCAGUAUUAAUAAACAUAGAAGGAAAAAAAAGUCCUGGGGGUUAAAUACAUACUUGUGCUGUCCUCCAAAAAAAAAUAAAAAUAAAUGCUGCUAUAUGAUCUAGUUUUCACUAAGUGGUAUGAUGCAUGCCAACCAAUAGACCAGGAAACUGAGUAAGCCUAAGUUUGUCCAUGAGAAAUGAGUUGCACUAGUUUGUGCUUUGGUUGUUUAUAACUUUAACACUACAAGAUAUGGGCAUAGUGUAUUAGUUUGUCCCAAAGAUUUAUUCUAAUGUCUUUUUUGUAAUUUUAUCUGGAAAAAGUUCAUUGUAUCUAUCUAUUCUGCCUUAUAACUGAGGUUCUUUCUUCUCUCAGUAUACAGGGGCCAUUCUGGGGGGAAAUACCUUUCGCAGGGGAUUACUUUUUCUCAUAAUAAUGGAACACUUUAGGGUCUGGUCCUUCAGGUCUUACACAGACACAAUUCUCAUUGACAUCUGUGAGUUAUGCACUUGCGUUGGAUGGCAAGAGUCGCAACCAACUGGUGGUAUUUAAGCACUUUGUGAAUCAAAAGCAAUUGUUUGUUCUUGUACAUUCCUUGAUGGUCAGGCAAAACUGACUGGUACUUUCUGUACACAUUGGUGUUGUAGCUGUGUUGGUCUCAGGAGAUUAGAGAGACAAGGUGGGUGAGGUAAUAGCUUUUAUUGAAAGUUGCUCCACUAAAAGACAAUGCUUCACCCGCCACCUUGUCUCUGUUGUUUUAUGCUCAGUCUAGUCUUGUGCUUGAGGUUAUGUACAGUUAAGCAUGCAGCUCAUCUAAAAACACUUGCCAGAAACAUUUCCAAGCACUGAACAAAACACUGCAUUUUUCUAGAGGUGUCUCGAGUUUUACAUAGGCUUUUUUCCCUGUUCAGAUUUUUAGUUUCUGGUUAGAGCUAAUGGAAUGGUAAAGCUUUACUGUAAUUUUUUUUUUUUUUUGGUCCUCUGUAGACAUUAAUUUCCAGUUUACAGCUACAGCUGCAGUGAUCUGAAACACUGUGAACUAACUACUAGUGAUUCUUGAGGGGAGGAAAUAUAAGUGUUCCUGGAUUGACAAUGUUACAUGUGAAUGAACUGUUGUAAACAAACACCUUUUAAGGUGUAUGAAAUCUCUUCCUCAGUUUCCUUUGUUCCUAUUUUCAUGUGUUGAGUCAUGAAGGUAGAUGUAGUGGUGGCUUUUCUAAACUGGAAUUACUGUAAAUUUGUUUGACUUGAUCUUUAAUACUUACAGUACCUAAUUAACAGGGGGUGUGAUUUACCUCGUAAGGCCAUGUCUCCUUAAGUUGCCUUAUUUUAUAAGCUAUUUAAGAAAAACCAAGAUUGUGUAUUUUUGAGAAAUAAGCUGAAUUUUACAGAAUAGCUUUUAGAGAACUUUAUACCAAGCUGUUUCAGUUGCAUAGCUCGCUACAGUCCACAGUAACCAACUAGAGGGGCUACCUCCAUAUUACAAUAGAUAAGUGGUUUUCAAACUUUUUUCCCCGCAGACCAUUUGAAAAUUGCUGAGUGUCUCAGCAGACCACUUAAUGAUCUUUCCAAAUGUUUUUUGUACCGUUAGCUAACUAUUGUAAAGUGCUUCGGAUAAAAGCGCUAUAUUAAAAAAAAAAACAACCUUAAUAAUUAACAUUUUUUAUUCUACAAAUAAAAGCACACAACUCAUAUUUUAAUAUCAGUAGUCUUAUCUUCCCACCCGCCACUGUGGCAGCCCCCGAGCUGGGCUGGGAAGGAGGGGGGGUCACUCCCUCUCUUCUUCGCUGUGGCAGCCUCCGAGCUGAGGCUGGGAAGGAGGACUGCCUCUCCCCAGCAGCCGCAGCCCUGGACCUGGGGAAAGUUGCCUCUUUCUGUGGCCACAACAGCCUUGCACAUCCCAAAUUCCGCCCACCCCUUCUUCUCACCCCAUUGCCCCCUCCCACCUACUCCCUAUUCCCCCCAAGGCCACCACCUCUCCUUACAUGUGCAUCUUCUCCAGGGUUCAGGCACCUAAUUAGUGGAGCCACACAGUAGCAUAGCCAGGAGGGGAGUGGGGGGAGCGGCUGCUCCCCCUCUGAGCACAAGUGGUGCCUUUUUAAUUUAUAGGCACCUUUUUAAUUUUUACUCACCUGCCGCCGCUCCAGGUCUUUGACAGCGGGGGCCUUCACGUGCUCCGGCUCGGCGGGGGCCUUCACUUGCUCCAGGUCCUCGGCGGCAUUUCAGCAGCGAGGGCCUUCAGUGCCACCGAGGACCCGGAGCGCCGUCUGGUGAGUACAAGCGGGUGGCACCUUUUUGUUUAUGUCCGCUGCCUCUGUUCGCUCCACCUAGCUACGCCACUGGAGCCACGCCUGCGCGGCUCCACUAAUUAGGCGGGUGGCCCUUCAUUCCCUCGCGUGUGUCCGCCCAGGCGUGUACCUGAGGGAACUAUCCGCAGGCCACCUGAAUGGAGUUCGCGGGCCACAGUUUGAGAACCUCUGCAAUAGACAACUUGAUUAAUUACAACAGUUAACAAGCAGGGCAAGUGUCUGCUGCUGAAAUGUCAUUGUUCCUGCUUUUGGAUCUUGAAAAUACGCUCCUGAAGAGUGGCUGUAAGUUUGAAGGGGGAGGAUUCUUAGGUGGAACUUACUUUGGCUUUCUGAGGCCUGGAGAGAUUUGUUUGAGUAGAAGUCGUCUUUACUUAAUUUUUUUUUUUUUUGUCAUCCUACAUUAAUGCUUUUUCCCAGCCAGGAAGCUGCUAAUUUUUGUCUUGGCAUUCUUUUGUGAUGGGAAGACAUGAGUUAUCGGUAUGUUCGCAUCCUCCCUUCUUUCGUACCACUCACAUGACAUUGGCCCAGUAGUGCACUAGAUUUCCACCAGCCUUAUCCUGAAUUCCAUUUUCUUCUCUAUAAAUCGUGGCCCCCUCCUGCUCCUGGCAGUAGAAGGCACACUCUGGCAGUCCCAGAGUAUUGCAGCCAGUCGGCCAUUGUCAUCACUAGCCCCUCAGACAGGCUGGCAUCCUGUGACCAUUUGCGUGUUAGCCAUGAUGAUACUGAGCAGUAUUGCACAGUACGAUCUCUUACUGGGGACUGUGACUGUUGCAUUCACAGUAGUAUAAGUAGGAAGUUGGACCCUAUUUUGAUUUUAGAGCCACUAUGCAAUGUGGUGAGGUCAGUGCCUUCCUAGUUGGAAUGCAUGGCUUUGGACUGGGAUCAGACAGCUUUCGAAAUGUCAUUACUAUCCCUUUCUAAGUGAGACAAAGCAGAACUGCACUGAUGUGGUAUGAAAAGGCUGAGUGAAAAACCCUAAUGGCCUGAACUGAUCUCUCCACUUGUGUAUGGGGCAGGGUUUUGAGGUGCGUGGAGGGAACAACCUAGAGGACAUGAAGACGUGUGUGCAACCCUGCCUGGGAACCCAUGUUAUGCACCAGGGUGCAUAUCAAUCCAUAGGAUUUUGGGCGCGGGGCCAAGAAUGGGAGAUGUAGCACCAGUUAUGGAUCUGCCGGGUUGGGAGGCCUGGUUCUCAGCUGCCUAUCCAUUCUCCCCUAGUUGCCUUCCACUGAAAGUAAUGGUCUAAAGGAGGCACUGAGGAGUUCCAAGGCCUGCUCUCAAUGGGAGACUUCCCACUGAUUCGAGCGGAGCAGAACUGAAUUACAGGGCUAACCAGGUUCUCUCAUGGUGUGGGAGGACAGGGAACAGCCGCAGAGCACGUGGGAGAUCUGUGCUAACUGUAUGGGUGGGGAGGUCCUUGAAGGGAUCUACCAUCCAUCUAGUUAAAACAUACUUCUAAUGGUUGGUUCUUUCCACUAACAGGACUGUACUCUGAACAAAAGAAAUGGCUCAAAUUCAUAAUACAUGUUAGCAACAAAAGGGGUUAUUUGAAAGUAAAACUGCUGCUUGAAGAAACAAAUGAGGCUCCUGGAAAAUCUCUUCUUUCACAAAGGGGUUAGGUAAAGGGUAUUUAAAUUAUUUUAAAAUAUGCUAAUAUAGGGACAGUGGGAGUUGCUUGUGUGCACAUCUCUGACAUUUAAUGCUGGUGUGAUCCGCUCACUGCAUGAGACAGACCACUGCUGGAUUUCUAGCCAUGUUAGGAAUCGCAUAUGCUGUAGUAGUCCCUGUUUGUUGCCAUGAGUGUCCGCUCUCUGGGAUGAGGACCGCCAGAAGGGAAGGUGCUAGGGGAGGAGUCUUCUGAGCACUCACAUUCCCACAUGCUACUGAGAAGUGUGAUGGAGGGAGUGCUGGGUCUGGGAGAUGUAUGGAUGGAGCCCUUGAAAAGCAGCUGCUGUAGGAGGUGGUGAAGAGAAUAAAUGUGACCUGACUAAAAAUUCCUAAUAUCUGAAAUAAACUUUAUCAAAGUUGCUAAACUGAUGCAACUGUAGAGUCGGAGGAAAACACUGGUGGAAAAAUAAGUGUGUGGGAAGGGAUGCAUUUGAGAAUAUUUUCUGUUUGCCAAUAGGUGUUAAACGCCUGUUGGAAAUGCCGUGUAAUCUCCUCCAUUUUAAGCAAGCAUUCAAAUCCAGGGUCUCAUUUCACUGCCUUUACUGUCCUACCCUCCAGUGCCGUUCAGGGGGAUAUAUUUGAACAGUGACGUUUGGGGCUUUCAUUUGUAUCCAUUAUUUUAUUUGCUUUUUGUCUCUCUGUAUUGAACACAUUCAACACAGUUAAGAGUCUUCCUUGAGACCAUUCUCCUUAUCUUUAUCAAAACCUAUGAAAGUGCAAAUGCUGCUGUUCCCAUUGUUUUUCAGGCUGUUGUAUUUCAUCAGACAAGAGGCUCUUUUGGGCAUCCUAUGCUGCAUCUUUCCCCUUAGGGAAAUUUAUUCUUCCAGUUAUGUAAGAUGAAUGGCUUAGAACAACAUUUGGACAUGCUAGAGCCACAACAAUUCCUGGAUGGAUGGAGACAUGCACCUUUGAACUGUAGCUAGAACACCUUUCACUUUAUUAUGCCUCUCUCUCUCUGUCCAUUAGUAGCCUUAGCCAUUUUUACAUGCAUGUAUAAUAUUUCAUAUUGUGCUUUAUAAACAUUAGUCUCCAGGCAGUGCAUGCUGCCCCUAUUUUGCAGAUGGAGGUAUGUGACUGGCCAGAGGUCACUUGCUGACUCUGAGCAUGGGGCUGUAAUCCUGUGCUCAGUGCAUUGGACUACAUGUGUGUAACAUUCUGCUGAAGAAGUGACAAAACUACCUGUUGGAGGCGCGUCCAUGGCCUGUUCCCCUGCAGUAGCUGCAAACUCAUUCUUGGUGGCCUUUCUUCUGCAAACUUUUUUUUUUUUUUUAAUUGUUAGGUUUCCCUUAAAGUUACCAUAUUUAGAAGAUAAUUGUUGAAUGUCCAGGUUGUUUUGAAUGAGAGAACUUUGUGCAUUGAUCAUAGGACUAGAAGGGACCUUGAGAGGUCAUCUAGUCCAGUCCCCUGCAUACAUGGCAGGACUAAGUAUUAUCUAGACCAUCCCUGACAGGUGUUUAUAUAACCUGCUCUUAAAAAUCUCCAAUGAUGGAGAUUCCACAAUCUCCCAAGGCAAUUUAGUCCAGUGCUUAAGCAUCCUGACAGGAAGUUUUUCCUAAUGUCCAACCUAAACUUCCCUUGCUGCAAUUUAAUUGCUGCUUCUUGUCCUAUCCUCAAAGGUUAAGAAGAACAAUUUUUCUCCCUCCUCCUUGUAACAACCUUUUAUGUACUUCAAAACUGUUACCACGUCCCCUCUUAAUGUUCUUAGAUUUUAAAUUCACUGAUACUAUCUCCACCGCUGGCAGUUUUAAAAUCUAGAUUGGAUGUUUUUCUUAAAUAUAUAGUCUGGGAAUUAUUUGGGUGAAGUUCUAUGGCCUGUGUUAUGCAGGAGGUCAGACUAGACGAUCACAAUGGUCCCUUCUGGUCUUGGAAUCUGUGAAUCUAUGAAAAUAGCAAUCUCUAUUCUUUGUGGCAUCUACAAACUUUUUUGAUGUCAAUUUUUUAAAAAGUUGUAAAUUCUUUACAUCAAUUUGACACCUGAUCACCUUGGGGAUAAUACUAUAUUUACAUACCACAGCAGGACAUUGGUGGAUCGACAUGAAGUGUUGUUUAUUUCAAAGGGUUGGCACUCACAGCAUGUGCAUUCCUCAGGGUUUAUUAAUGAUGCUGUGGGUUGGAGUGGUAGUGAUUGACUUCAGGAAGUAUACUAACACCAAUACACUACACAUGGUUGCACUGUCAUUUCAGCACUAGGUUUUUAAUUUUGAGUUUGUAAAAUGGCUGCUGCACCUGUUCUUUAGUGCAAAGCAGAAUUCAGGAGACCCUGAAUUGGGGUAGGAACCCCAAAACUCACUUGAAACUAGGUACAACCUGGCAAUCUGUGUCAAAUCCAACAAUUUAUGAUGAUCCCUCCCAUCCCAGAGUCCAGCUCUACCUUUUUAGUUGUCUAUGUUGUGUGCAAAGGGGUGGGGUGUUUGGAGUGUAGUUAAAGGGAUGGAAUGGAUGUGUGUGUAUUUACCUUAGAAUUGCUAUGGGAGGGCUUGUUAGAGGUUUUAGGUCCUAAAUAAAUCCACUUUUUUUAAAGAGAGGAACAGGUCUAGUUUUACAGGGCAUGCACUCAUUAAAUAUUGGUGUGCAAAUUAUCUAUAGAUACUUGUACUGUGUUUUUAAAGGAUGGAUCCAAUCAUUGCUGGGACAAACAUCUUCAAUUUGAACUGCAUACUAUCCCACUGCACUUGGGUCACACAACCUACCUGUGUUAGUUGUUUUACUUCAGCUUUCUCCUACAGUCUGAAUCUUCCUGUCAGAACACAACACAAUUUCCCACUUCAUCCCCUGACUUUGGUACUUUACUGUGAAUCUUAUGUGUGGUUUUUUGUUCUUGUUUUUUUAAAAAAGUGGUGACAGUUCUGUAAUAAACCAAAGUGGGGGUUGGAAGGAGGAGGUUUCCUCUGUCUGUCCUCUCUCCUGGGGAACCAUUUGGUAUUUGUAUGUUUGCUGAUGGCUGGAAAUGUAACAGCGAGUUCAUUCUUGGAUGGUCUCAUCCCUGGAGAAUCACUACAGCUAUAUUGCCAUUUGAUAGAUGUAAAUAAAUUUUUUUCCCUGCUUCUA